AUGUCGAAGAAGAAGGCCUUCAGCGGAUCCACCAUGACGUUGAAGGAUUUCCACGGCGGCUCCAUCCCUUCCGACCUCCCCCUGCCGUCGGCCCCGGGAGUGUAAUCCUCCGACAUCUGGAAUAUUUUCUCGAUCGCGAUGUUCAUCUUGUGCCUCGCUUGUUUCUUCCUUGUUCCUUUUUCUCUUCCCCCCCUUCCCCCCCUGCUAUUUUGAUCGCGUCUGUUCGGCCGUCUCUGUGCCCUAGAUCUCGUUUUGUGGGGCUUAAUUCCUGAAUCCCCGGUUUUGGCUCUUUAUUUUUGGAUACGCAGGACGCCGAGGCCAUUAGAUCGUGGAGCGUAUGAGCGCCCGAUCGGAGGUGGGUGGGGAAGUCCCGGGAUCGGUGGCGGCGGCGGGCUGGGGCGGCAGGACCACCUCCGGCCCCGCCCUGGGUCGGCUGGCGGGGGCGGCGGGGGCGCGGUCCGGGGGCUGGAGGAGGGAGCGCCUUUCCUCUCGCACAUCGGCCGCAACUUCGACGAAGACGAGCGCAAGCCAUUUGAUGCAACUUCCGCUCCCAGGCGUGCGGUCCCUUCGGGGGACGAUGCCGUCCGCUCAACCCGAUCGGUCGAGGCAAGGGCCCAGAUUCAUCAGCAGACGUUGGCUCCAGGACGGCCGGCAUCGAGCCCUGCCACGCAAGCAUCUCCACAAGCCCAUCAUUCCUUUGGCGGGUCCGUCUCGACAGUUGUUGGAGGGAGCCCCCAUCUUCCUUCAUCACACUCUCAGGGAUCUGGCAAUGUCAAUGUUGCUCCCUCUGCUUGGGGGAUGAAGAAGGAAGAGACGAUGAUGCAGCCUGCAGCUACGUUGUCUGGGCCCGGGGCCGCUUCGAGAUUUGCUCAGGCAAGCGCGAUCGAGAAGGUUACUUCAGGAAGGUGGCAGUCCAAACCUGGGAUGCUCAAUCAAAUUCCUGACGCUGAGGCCGUUCCACUGUCGGAGACGGGGGGCGGGGAUGCGAGAUUCAGGGAAAAUGAUGUAGCCGCCGCUGAGGGAGGUUCUCAGAGAAGAUAUGGUGAUAGGGCUAACUUUGACAGAGUAUACGAUAGAGUAAGGUCUCCGGUGUACUCGGAACCGAAGGAGAAGAGUGGGGCAGUGGGCUUUAGCUUUGAUGGGCCUCGACCACUGUCGGCAGAGGGAAGAUUCAUUGGGCAGCAGCUGCAACGGAAAGAGAUUGCAGAAGUAUCAGAGAGGAUGAAGCUGACCAGCCUCCCUCCCACACCAAAGCCACUUGAGCCUGUGGAUACCCGCGCUUCUGGUCACAAGCAGGUGAGAGUGUAGGCCGCUGCGACCCACCAUAACUGUGUAUCUAUUUGUUGCAGAAGACGAGUUGCCAGUUCCGAUUAUGUGAUUGUGGCGUGUGUGGGUAACUGUUGAUUUGUAUUCUUGGUGGACCAGGCAUAUCAAGCUCCCAUUGUGAACCUUGUUCCUGCAGAGAAUGUCACUGAGGCGUUAGGUGAUUCAAACCCUAGCAAGCCAAGCUCAGGUGUCGGUGAUGGCGGGAACCUGCCAGUGGAGCGCCCCAAAUUGAACCUGCUGCCUCGCUCACAGCAAGUUCAACAGUCAAGUGAAUACGUUGAGAAGAAGAGGUUUGAACCCAUUUCCUUCGUUUUCCAUCUUCAUUGGUUUUACUGUACAACAAUCAUCUGUCUGUUCUGGAAUCAUAUGAAAUCUCUGUGUAGUUGAGUGGGAAUCUAAUCAGAUGCCGUGGGAUUCUCCAGAAUGACAUGUUCAUUGCAUGCUACCCAGUGAAAUAUGGUCGCCAUGAUGAUGAUACCCAUGUGGUUGGUUAUAUCUCGGAGGUGAUGCCCGCUCGAUCGUUUUGGACAGAGUGAUCGAAGAUGAUAGGCUAUAUAAUCAUUCAGAUUUCUCCGUACAGCUUCCAUAUUUGUUCAUCAUCUUUCAACGAGAUGCCCUGUUUGUUAUCUGAAUGAUCAUCACUGGAAUGAUGGAGCUGAGCUUUUCUUCUUUGGUGCAUGUAUCAGAGUUGCCACUUGGAUCGAUAAACUAGGUCAUGCUUAAAAGUUGCUGAUUUUCAUUGAAUGGAUGCAUCAUUUGAUGAAAAAUAUCAGGCUGAAAUCAAAAUCAUACAGUUUUUUUCAUUCUGGUGGCAGAUGCUUGACACCCGGGUUCUACUGAUGCUACAGAAUAAAGAUGACCAUGACAGUCAAUACUGUUAUUUAUUUCAUUGAUGACAUGAUUGUGCAUGUAAGUAAUGAAGAUACUAAAAUGAGACAUCAGAAAACCUAGGAUUAGAACUAAAUGAUCUUCGUUAUCACAUGGAGUUUCCUUUUAUAGUAUGGGUCAUAUGCUUGGAAAGUUUAUCUGAUGAGCUUUUUUAGCUCAGGUCUUUCUACUACAUUGGCUAACAUCAUUGAUGAUCGUAGUUUAUGGUUAGAAAUAAGUAAAUAGAUAAAUAAAUAAUAAAAAAGUUUUUUGUUUGCGUAUAUUCGUGAAUUACUCUCAUUUUCGGGCAUCAUUGUUUUUUUUCCCGAUUUUUUGAUAUUUUUGCUGUUCUUGUUGUUCUUCUAUUCUAGGGAGAAGGUUUUCGGUGGAGCUCGCCCCAGAGAAGUCGUACGUCCUUUUACUCCUUCCCCUGGCGGACGCGGCAGAAGUCAACUCUCACACCUCUCGAUUAAUUCCUCUUUCAUAUGGCUUUUCCUCUUCCCCCUCGCAUCCGCAGGUCCUCAAGGAACGUGGAGUCGACGACGCCGCCCUCUCCCUCGUCGACCCGCCCUCCCCUCUGCCCAAUAAUAACAGGUCUCCACAUCGUCUCUCUCUCUCUCUCGAUCUCUCUCUGUCUCUAUCUCACCAGCUAGCUGCCUGUGCAGGGUGAAGGCGGAGGUGAAGGUGGAGCAUCCAUCGCCGACGGGGAGGCAGCAGCCGGCGGCGGAGGCGGAGAGGGGGGAAAGUCAAUGGAGCUCGCGGUGGAGCGACGGCAGGAGGAGCCUCAGGGAAGGGGAGAAGGCGGCGGAGAGCCGUGCAGAGACGGAGAGCUGGCGGCGGCGUGAGGAGCCGCCGCCGCCGAAGCCGGCAGAGCAGGCGGCGCUGCGGUUCGGGAAGGCGGCGUCGGCGGUGGAGCUCGCUCAGGCGUUCUCGAGGUCAGUCUCUGACGCCAAGCCCGCCGCCGCCGCCGCCGCCGCCGCCCGUGCCCAGGCGGCGCCUUUCUCCCGCCUCACGGAGGCGGCAGCGGCGGCGCCGCCGGAGAUCUACUCAGGCGGUGCUCGGCGGCACAUCAACGGCUACUGA